GUCGCCCAUUGGUCGGUACGUCGCUAUGGCGAUCACCCUCCCCUCACGACCCUGUGUUUGACUACCUAAAGCUCUUGGUACUUCACAUCGGCUUGUAGUAUCUAAGUAAACAGGCUGCGAGGAGUAUUUGUUUUUCCAAUCAGUGCAGGUUUGGAAUACCUAAAGUGUUAACUUGUUUGUGAAACCGUUCGUGAUGUAAACAAUGAAACAAAACCUCCGACGACAAGUUAAGAUCGAAUUGAUUGUUUCGAAUAACGAGUGCGCGUAAAGACCCAGUUAAAGUGCGAUUUUCCCUCGAAAAUACCUUCUUCGGUGCAAUAGUGGAUAGUGCAAAUGUUCUAAAAAUGCUCGCGCAAAAGUUGUAUCCCGACGUGACCAGCAUGUCCACCUCGAGCAACGCUAUGACGCCGAUGACUCCAACGUACUCGAUGAACUCCAUGUCCUGCGUGCCCAUGGCCUCCAUGAAUUGCUCGCCUCAAGCACCCAUGUUCGGUUCCGGUAUGCUCUCAGCGGAUAUGUCCAAUAACAUGACGAUGAAUCCGAGGAUCCACCAAAGACAACAAGCUCUGAACGAGUCUCCACAACUUGGAUACACCGCGAUAGGAUCUCCGAUUUCUAACAUGGCUUCUUGUAUGGGAACGACCAUGUCAGGGAUGCCGAAUUACUCGCAGAUAGGUAGGGGUGAUUUGGGAGGAGGCGAUACGUCUCCAAACUCCGCGCUCCAGAGAGUUCGAAACGAAAAACCCUAUCGCAGAUCCUAUACUCACGCCAAACCACCGUACUCUUAUAUCUCGCUAAUCACGAUGGCUAUACAGAAUAGUCCGCAGAAAAUGCUAACUUUAUCGGAAAUCUACCAGUUUAUCAUGGAUUUGUUCCCGUUCUACAGGCAGAAUCAACAACGGUGGCAGAACUCAAUCAGACAUUCUCUAUCGUUUAAUGACUGUUUUGUGAAAGUUCCGCGGACUCCGGACAAACCCGGGAAAGGUUCGUUCUGGAGUUUACACCCGGACUCAGGAAACAUGUUCGAAAACGGUUGUUAUUUGCGCCGGCAGAAACGGUUCAAAGACGAGAAGAAGGAACUGAUCAGGCAGUCCCACAAGAGCCCGUCGCACAGCAUGGACAACAGUAAUAGUUCAGGGAAAAAGACACCUUUACAUUCCAGCGAGGAUAAAUCUCACAACACAUUGGAAAAGACCGAAAACAACUUGAGCUCGAUGAUGAACAUCCACCCCAGCAAACUCGACGUCGAACAAAUGAAUCUUCUCAACGCCAACGAGUUGAACAUGCACCAGCAACACCAUCAAGGUAUGUCUCACGAGGAAUUAUCUGCCAUGAUCAACCGAAACAACCACUUGGCGUUAAGUGAGCACCAGGCGAUGCUCCAGCAUCAUGGUUCAAUGAACCACCAUCUCAAACAGGAACCGGCGGGUUAUACGCCUUCGAACCACCCGUUCUCCAUUACCAGGCUACUUCCCACAGAAAGUAAGUCAGAUAUAAAGAUGUACGCGGAUAUGCAGUAUGCGGGGUACAACACCCUGAACCCGUUACCCAACGCUAUCCAUCACACGUCACUGGGGAACGAUUAUUACAACAGCCCAUCGCUCUACCAUACGUCUGCUGGUACGACGAGUUUGUGACAGUACCCUCUGGCCUAGAAACAAUUUAGUUUGUGACCUCGAAUAAAUUGAUGUAAAUAAUUUUCUCUGUGCUGUAAAUAAAAGACAUCGGUGAUACACGACGCUAUUGAGAAUUUGCUGCGAAAAAUCAUCAAA